UUCACUAUGGCCUCCAUAGACACGAUAUUACAGGACAUAUCGAGGAUGAAGAGAGAUGAUGGUAUUGAGCUCAUGAGCCGCUGUUUUCAUUGGACGGAGUUUGACGGUGAUGAUAAACGACAGUUUUUGCAUCAGGAGUUUGUGUAUGAGAAUGUGAUGUAUGCAGUGAAACGAGGACUGCCCUGGUCAACAGUAGGACAAGUGGCACACGUGACCAAACACCUGCUGCCUAAACUUAAAGGCUUGAAGACAUCAGAAGUCUUUCGCCUUGUCAAGGAUCAGUUAUCACAGAUACAGCCUCAUCUCUCCACUGCCCAACAUGCUCUUCUUCUGGAAUUCAUUGUGAAAACAUACGUUCCUCAUCAACGCCUUUAUCAGGCAGUUUUAAGCGGUGAAACGGGCCUUAAACAUGUGAGAUCUGAGCUUGCAAUUGAAACCCCACCUCCUCCACAGCCGCUAUGUGAGGGCAUAGAUACUGUGGAGUGGCAACAGCAGCAGGCACAGAAAGAGCUGCUUUUGACUCAGUCCAAGAAAGAAGCAGAAAUCACUGAACUCAAAAAGAAGACUGAAGCUCAGAUGAUGGAGAAGUUGCAGGCCAGAUUACACAAUCUACCCAUCAAAGACACGAUGAGCAAACAGGAAGUGAAAGAGUUGCUGUGCAGUUUUCUGCAUUCGCAAGGAGAAAUUAUAAUGGAGUCUUUGAUGCACGUGGCCUGUCUGACAGAGGAACUACUACAACUGAAACUGAUGCAGAAGACUCAACUAAUGGACAGACAUGUCGCAAAUGAUCCUGUGCCAGUUGCUAAAAAAAUCAAAAAGAAAUGAUUUUGAUUGAUUACUAUACAUGAGGUACACAUGGGUUAAACUGUUGGCAUUUAUGUUUCUUCCUAACAGUCACAAAAGACCAAAACAUAGCUAUGAGCAUCUGAACCAUUGACAUUUUGGGAGCGACUCCUGUAUUCUAUAUAUACAUGGAACUUUAGGCAAAAUUUUGCAGUGUGUAUGAGGCCAUAGAAAUCCAUAGGUAAGAAACAUUGCACUGUAAUAAUACUGUAUACAUGUGCAAUUUCUUUGGCCCAAAAUCAGGCCAGUGAGUUGCUA